AUGGCGUGGACAAAAUCUAAACUUCUACUCUUGCUCACCGGCACUCAGUAUGCUUCGGGCUUCAAAAGCUAUCGUCAUGCGCAUGGGCAUCUCAUGCCCCACGCUGAGUCCCUAGAGCCUCGAGACAUAGCCUGGGCUGAUAGAAUCCCGGCUGACAUGUUAAUCGAGUUUCGCACCCUCACCACUACUGUAUACCAAGAUUGUAGACCUACCAACACAAUCUUUGUUACAACCACCGUUAUCGAAGAUCUAUUAGUAGAGCCAACUUAUUCUCACCCCGAGCCUACCAACUUCGCGAUCCAACAGCCUCAAGUAGCUGAAUCUGAAGCUACGACCACAAUCCACAUGACAAAAACCGUUAUGGAUAUCAUGAGGGAGGACCUGCAUUCCACCAAAACAAUUGUGCGCUCUAUUCCUGGAUACGGCAAUGCGACAGUCACUGUAGGACUGGAUAUCAACACACCAUCCCGAGCAGCGUCAGAGGAAACCCCCACCGAAACCCACUUUUCGCCAAAGAUCCCAGAUUCAGUACAUGGUACCGAAAACGAAGCCUCACGCGUUGUCUCAGAUGAUACAGAGCCACUCAGAGAGGCAUUAGUCGAUGAAAAACCAAACGCAAUUCCUACACCAACCGAUCCUGCGCCUGGGCUCUUACCAAAACUACCGGUCUUACCACAAUUACUUCCCGCGACAGCAGUGCCUGACCUGUCACAAUUGACACACGCUCUCGAUCCACACGGACAACCUCUUCCAUCCGAUAUCGAGUGGACCUCCCUUCCAAAGGACGGUAAAUUUUCUACCAAAGGAUUCGGGGGACGCAGUGCUCCCAAGGGGACGAAUGUGAAAUAUCGCGGGAAUAUCGGGAUUCCCUGGGGGAGCAACAUCAAUCUCGUGAGUCCAUUCACAGCACACGAGUAUAAAUACGUUGUGAAAUUCCAAGGCUCAAAUACCGAGCCAUGGACGGUGACCGUUUGGAAUAAAGUUGGACCAGAUGGGAAGAUGGAUGGAUGGUAUGGGAAUUCCGCAUUGACGUUUGUUCUUGCACCUGGCGAGACGCGUUAUUUAGCCUUUGAUGAAGAUUCAGAAGGGGCUUGGGGUGCUGCGCCCGGAACGAAGGGCCUUCCGAUUGACCCCUGGGGUGGAUAUACUUCUACUUGGGGAGAAUUUACUUUUGGUGAUGUGGAGAAUAAUGGAUGGUCUGGCUGGGAUGUCUCGGCUAUUCAGGCGCAGAUUGCUCAUGAUACUGUGCAAGGGAUGCGGAUAUGUCAGGCUGAUGGGAAGGGUUGCUCGAUUAUCACACCUGGUGCUAAGAAGGUGGUUAAUGCUUAUACUGAGUCGAUGAAGCAUCAUGAUGGGAUUGGUGGAGCUGCGGCUCCUGGGCCUGUUAGACUUGUGGUGGAUCUUGAUUAUCAAGGAUAA